GUUAUAACAGUAUAGGCAUGGAAGGUACUACCUUGGAGUCAAUUGGCCUUCCAGGAUUUCCUCCUGAACCAAUUACAUUGCCAAAGAUGAACAUUGAGAGCAAUAAUGGACAACCAAGGAAAGAUGGAUUUGUUCUGGAUUCUUCCAAUGAAUCCACUCAGAGAGGGUUGAAUAGUGAUUAUGGUGCAGGUGCAAAUGCAGCUUCAAGGGCAGAGAUGAUGUUUGUCACUGUUAACCCCCUCUCAGAACUUGUCUGGUCCCCACGUAAAGGUUUGAGUCUUAAAUCUGCUGAGUGUAGAUUUGCUGAGAGAAAGCCCUCUCUUUUGUGGGGUGGUGGAAGUAACAUGGUUCUUUCACUACCACAAAAUACUACAUCCAAGGAAAUUAUUAAUAGUGGAGGUGGAGGUGGACUUGGGGCAGGAGGUAAUUCAAUCUCAUGUCAGAUGGCUUCCCAUUUUGAGAAUUCAGAUGAUAGGGUUAUUUUGGAAAAGUCACCUAGAAGCACUAUGAACAUGGGAUCAGUCGGUGAAAAAGCAAGUGAUGGGCAUACCCUUGGAUCAGGUGGAAUGGGAGUUUUUAACAAAAUAAAAGAAGAACCAGUCCUCAAUACUAAUCAGAAGUUGGUUGAUUAUUCAGACCAAAAAGUGACACCCAGCAUUCAAACUGACACUUUCAAGACUAAAGAAAAUACUAUUUCAAGUUUACCCAGCAAUGUUUGUAUGCCGGGUCCAGAAAAUGAGGGGAUUGCUGAUGUUUUAUCUAAGGAGAAUGAGUAUAAGCCUGAUUUAUCUCAAGCAGAACCAGCAUGUGGAUACAUCAACAAUGGAGCAAGCACUGACCCUUUCAGCACAAAUAGACAAGUUGGUAAUGUGAAUAGUGGUACAGCAGACAUCGCAGUUGCUUUAGCCUCUGAAUUUUCCCCAAUGGAACAAUGUAAAUCUCCCAAUACUUCCAUCCCAAAUUUGAUAACCUCUUAUUGGAAGCAUAAGGGUGUUUCUUCAGCUAAUGAUGAGGACAACAAAGAUAACAUGAACGAGGCUGGGUCUACAAAUGUCAGUUUGGAGAUACGUGAUCUAACAGAUGUCUUACAACCCAUGAAGGGUGAAAGUUCACGUGCAGAGGUUGAUGUAGCUUUAUCAUCACAACCUACUGAAGAAGUUAAACAUUACACUCAGCAGAAUGAGGGGACACUUCUAAAGGAGCAGAGUUCUUCGAGUCAAACUUCUCCAAAUAAUAGUGCAACAUGUCUUUAUCAAAGAAAAGAUAAAAUAAAGGCUUUGUCUAUUGGAGUAGUUAAAGAAGGAAAUUCAAAGGAGGAGGACAGCUAUGAGAGUGUUGAAAGUUGUAACGGUGCAGGUUUGUCUUCAGUAAGAAAGCGAUCAUGGAGUUUUAAACAGAAAUUCUUAGUUGGGGGUAAAAGAAUGAAGAAACAGAUCCAUGAAAAUCCCAGUUCAUCAUCUUUCAUGAGGCAAGAUAGCUCUUUUGUGACAUGGAUUUCAAACAUGAUAAAGGGAAUAUCUCGGACCGAUCCAGAUGUACCACCUUCCUUGGCCCUUACUGUGAGAUCUCAUCAUGAAUAUUUGGGUCAGGACCAAUGUUGUAUGGCAUGUGACAACCACCAAAGUGCCAGGUAUGGAAAUAUGGGUUUCCAAACUACUUUUCAGGCCCUCUGUCUCCCAAGCAAAAAGAUACAAGAAACAAGAACUUCAGAUCCUCAUCAUUCAAGAGAAAAUUCUAAAGAAGAAAAACAAGUAGAAAAGAUAAAUGACAAUAAAUUUACUUCAGGCUAUGGUGAAGAUGACGCUAAAUUUGGUAAAGAAAUUAUUAUUUCGGGUCAAAAUUUUAACUUGGAAACAUCUAGAGGCAGAGAGGGCACUUCAAAUAUAGCAGAUAAUUCUUGUAUGCAUGCUGUUGUUCCACAGGCGAAGGAUAAGAUAGGUGCUGCUAAGACUAAUACCUCAUGCAAAAUUGCACAUGGUAGUGUGAAGUGUGGAAUAAGCUCUUCAACUUCCUCUUCCCAUAAAGAUUAUGACCCUCCAUGUGAAGGGGAAGAAGCUUGUCAGCUUAGUUUGAUGGGUCCAGACAAGUCUUCAGCUUCUGUCUCCAACAGAAACAGAUUCCUUGGGAGUUCAUGGAUAACUCGGUUUUCUACCAAAGUUUCAAACCCUGUGUCAAGUUCACCUUCAUGCGAGAAAAUUUCAUAUAUGCCUAUUGGGGAUUUGUCUGAGAGGACAAGGGUUCUUUCUAAUCCUCAGGAUUGUAUAUUUACCAAAGACCAAAACUAUGAAGAUGUCAUGGAGCAUUCUGCCAAAGACCAAAUGGAUAUUUUAAGUAGAAAUUUUCAGAAAUCAGCAGUAAAUACAGCUCUAUCCUUAGAUUUAAAAACAGCCACAAGACAUACUGAUCAUAAGUUGAAAUCUAAAUUGAAUCCUAUUCUUCCUUCUCAAAGAUUCAAAAAUUCAGGGGAUAUGGCUUCAGUUUUUGCCAGGAGAUUGUAUGCUCUCAGACACAUCAUAACAUCAGAAGUAGCCGAUAAUGCAACUUGUGCAACCACAACAUGCCUGUUUUGUGGCAUUAGAGGUCACAACUUACAAGAUUGCUCAGAGAUGAUUGAAUCUGAGAUUGAGGAUCUUAUGAGAAAUAUUAGUUCAUAUGUUGGGGCAGAAGAAUCUCCUUGCUUGUGUAUCCGAUGUUUUCAGCUUAAUCAUUGGGCUAUUGCAUGCCCUUAUACAUCCUUUAAAAGAGGUCAUUUGUAUGACAAUACUUCUUUGCUCAACUUCAGAAGUGAGAAAAUACAUCACAAUUCAGAGGAUGAUACUCUUAUCCAUGGCAAUGACAGAAAUCUAAAGCCUUCAGAAGAUGAGGAUAACCAAUGCCGAGCUGGCAAUAGACUCACAAUUUGUGAUGGACAAAGUUCAAGACUGGAGACUAAAACUUUGGACCAUAUAGACAUCAAGAAAAACUUGAGUAGAAAGACGAUGUUUAAAGGAUGGUUUUUGGAUUCGAAUCCAGUUCAGAAGUUUCUAGGGAGUAACUUUUGUGAAGGAUCAAAAAUGCAGAGAGUUUCUAAAGAAUUUGUGCUGAAUGGAAAGAAGAAUACCUCAAAGUCACCCUUAAGCAACUUUAUCACUAGGCAGGUUCCAGAGGUUCCAACAGGAACAUUUGAAGCAAUAAGGAGACUCCGUAUCUCUCGCACAGACAUCCUUAAAUGGAUGACAUCUCCAAGUUUAGCUUUUAGUCUUGAGGGGUUCUUCCUUCGUUUGCGUCUUGGGAAAUGGGACGAAGGACUAGGGGGGACAGGUUACUAUGUGGCUUGUAUAAAUGGGGUGUCACAAGACAGAUCAUUUGGGAGUUCUGAUAUUCCUCUUUCUGUGGAUAUUGGAGGUUUCAAAAGCUUAGUUGAGAGUCACUAUGUCUCUAACCAUGAUUUCCUUGAGGAUGAGCUUAUGACAUGGUGGAGUACAACUGCAAGAAGUGGCAGAAAACUGCCAACUAUAGAAGAAUUGAAAAUAAAAUUUGAAGAGAGGAAGAAGUUAGGAUUUUAGAAAUAGAAAACUGCCAACUCUAUGGCUGUCUCUCGGUUUCUUUGUUGCCAGUGUGCAUUGUGGUUACCUCUAUCCAAGCAAAUACAAGGCGCAUAAUGGUAAAUGUGAUCAUCUUUGUACAUAGAAUUUUGUAAAUCUGAUAGAAUGCUUAACCAUCUAUUGAUGGAUGGCAUAAAAGCUCCUAUGUGAGAUGCUAAAUCAUCUAGGGGUGAAAUGUAAUCUCUUCUCUACCAUCUUGAGUUAUUGGAAAGAAUGAGGGAGAAAUUGCAGUUAGAAAUAUGUAUCUUUCACCCAUAUUCAGUAACCAAUUUUUGAAGCAAGGUUUAAACUAUGAUUUCAGUGUAAAUUG